AUGUUUUUUGCUGACGGUUUUUUUCUUCCCUCCCCGCUAUCCUUUAAGGCGCAGAGGCUGCUGGCGCACCGGAGACCAAAGAAAUCCUUCUUUGAGACGCUCAUCAGGAGCCUGAUCAUCUUGUGCGUGGCCAUAGCAGUGGUCUUGUCGUCCAUCUCCAUCUGCGAUGGCCGCUGGCUCUUCGCGAGGGGGCAGCUCUUUGGACUGUGGCACUUCUGCACCGUUAGCAACAGCAGCGUCCUGAAGUGCGUCACUGACCUCAGCCUGGCCAGGGUGGAGGGGCUGAGCGUGGGGGUGAUCCCCAUCAGGAGCAUGGUGUCCUUCGCCGUUGUGGUUGCCAUAUUUGGCCUGGAGCUGCUGAUGGUGUCCCAAGUCUGCGAGGACGCCAACGCGAGGCGGAAGUGGUCGAUGGGCUCCGUUCUCAUCCUCGGCUCGUUUUUGCUGUCAGCCACUGGGGUUCUGAGCUUCUCCAUCCUUGUGAAGGAUCACCUCACCUUCACAGGCUUCACGCUGACAUAUUGGUGUGAGUUCAUUGCUGCCUUUCUCUUCUUCCUCAAUGGGAUCAGUGGACUUCACAUCAACAGCCUCACGCACCCCAGGAACAGCAUAGGCAAAAUCUAGGUGGAAAGGGUGCACCUCUGCCUUUGUGUAAUCAGCUUUGCCAAUUAAGACUGGAAAAAAGGGAGUCUAAAGAAGUUUGAAAAGGACAUUGUCUUAAAUUGUGUGCAAGGAGGAGAAGCCUGAGUCCAUCUUGAUGCCUGUAGAAGACAUACCCACCCACUGGUCAGCAUGGAGGGCUGUGCAACAUGAGCAAAGCAGAGGCUGGGACCAGCUGCUGCGGCAAUGCGGGUUUCUGGAGGAGUCGAUUAAAGAAGAGGGCAUCAUAUUAAACGUGUGAAGGGGUGGCAGUCUGCAGUCUACACACGUGGGCUGGUUCAAGGCUCACACAAAGCCUGUACUGCUAUGGGUUUGGUGUUGGUAUGUUUUCCCCUGUACUCUGGAGCCUGUGAAGAAUGUGACACAACUUUGGUGUGUCUUGUGGCUUUGCUCUGUCUCAGGGACAGAGGAUUUGUGCCUGGCCAUGCUCACUGGUGUUGAGUAUUGAAAAUCUUCACUGGAUCUCACUCCUCCAUUUCUCUUUCCAGAGAGACGGCACACAGCUCUUGAUCUGAUCUCCCGUUUUGUUUCCUGCUGGCACAUUCCCUGUAGCUGUGCUCUCCUCUGAGUUUUUCUGGGACACUUCUGACAGAGGCACAGGGAGAUGUAUCUGUCUUGGGGCCAGGGGCAGGUGUUGGGUGAUGCGGGUGUACAGGGAAGGAUUGUGAUGCCUUCCUUGGGCAGCAGUGUAUGUUCCUGUGCUUGCUGCCUCUCCCCACUGUCACCACUCCUCAUGUCCCCACUGGGCAUGUGCCAAUCAGUCACCAAAAAUGGCUUCCACACAGCCCUUGCAAGGCUCACUGUAAUGGGGUGUUGCUCUUCCUGGUUUCUUUUAUGUCCCUUUGGGGCAAGAGGGACAAAGUCUGCAGGGGCUUUACGUGGGUGCUGUAGCUGGGCACACCAUGCUGAGACCACCACACCUCCCGGGGUGUGCUUUGGUUGUCAGGGUUUCCCACUGGGGCAAUGGGAAAUCUGCUCAUCCUGUAGCAGAGAGUCUCCUAUAGCCUUUCUUCCGGAAGGAGAAAGCUCUAGAUCCUCCUCAUCAGACCAAGUCCUUUUCUUCCCCUGAUUAACAUCAGGCCUGGGAGGAGAAGCUGCCUGUGAUGGCCUAAGGAGAGGCUGAUGGGGGCACCUUUAAUUUGUCACAGCUGGUAGAAACAGAAAGAGUGGCCAAAAUUAUAUUAAGGCUGGUCUUCCUCCUGCCAAUGCCUGAGUCAAGAUCUCUAAAACUGCUGCAGCUUUGAAGUUCCCCAUGGUGUCUGAUGUAAAAGGAGAGACCUCAGCAGGAGACCUCAGGGGUUGGUUGCCCUACAUGUGUCCUCCCUGUCCAACAUCCUGGUUGCCCACAGAUAAAAAUGUCUUUAAGAGUAUUUCAGGGUUUCUGGUUUAAUGUUUGUUUUGUAUGUGCUGGUAAAGCUGCCUGUUUUUUUGUUUUAGGACAAAUGGUUCUAUGUGUUUCAUCUCUGUAGCUUGUCUGAUAGCUGUUGAGCAAGGUUUUUAUUUCCUGUGCAGCAAGUUUGACACAAUUUUUCAACUGAAACAAAAGCAUCGGAGCACAAAGACUGAGAAGGCUGUGUAGGCGAGCCAUGAGUAAACAGCUUUGUCUUUGAAAGCUAAGACUCUGAAGUCCUGCCUGAGCACACAUACACACUUGCUGAAUGUGCUCCUGUGGAUUCACUUGCCUUCAUGAGGACAGUCUCCAUUCCUUUUCAGAUUUCCCUAACUUUUUAAGACAAGACUCCUAAGCCUGUUUUGUGAUGCAGUUUCAGACUAUGGACUGUUGUGAUUUUGCACCUGAAUCUCUGCGUCUUUCUGGCCAGAUAACACACCGAGCUGUGGUACCCAGACAACUCCCAAAGUCCUUGCAAUAUCUGGGGCUCUGUCAGGGUUUCUUGACCUGCUCUCAAGGACAAGGAUUUGUGCCCUUAACCUGCCUCGGCACUGUGAUUGUGUCUCUCUCUCUUUGUCAAGGUGCUUUUGAUUUCAUGAAUUGCUCUGUUGAAGACGUUCUAGGGGGCUGAACUUGCAGCCACUUGCGUGAACAGUGCUGUUGCCUUCUGCAGAGCCACGUACCCCAGAGAGAGUCUGCAAGGUCUGGUCCCAAACUAUUGCACUUUGGUGUUACCAGGUGGUAGAGUGCCUUAACUAACCAAUAUACCAGGGGUGCCUGUGCCAGGGAGGACAGUUCCCUUAAACAAGGUUAAGGGUGUCCAUGGCUUAUUUAGAUACAUGGAUGUAACUUCAGAGUGCCUUCUUGAUGACAUCCAAAACUGGAAAUCAAUUCUGCAUGUACUCCUGUUCAUGCUAGUGGGAGGCUGUGCCCCAGCCCCUUCAGUUGGGGAAGGCAACUGUAGCCAGACUGAGUCCCAGGCUGGUGCCUCCCACUUGGGUUAGAGGGAGGCAGUGGACAAUUGGCCACUGAGUUCACCCAAGACUUGUGUAAUUGUGAAUGAUUUUAGGAUGCCUUCUGCUAGCUGAAGAAGCCACCUUUUGUUGGGGGUAGGGAAUCCUUUAGGGAAAAUACGGUAACUUUUUCCAACUGCCUUUGUAUAGUACUGCUUGACUUACUAAUGCUGGGAGAAGAUGUGUUUUGAUGGCUAAAUAUACAAAACAGUUGAUUCUCAGAGACGUCCUUAUUAUACAGCAAUUGUAUAAUUAUAACAAUUGUAUAACUGUGCAGCAAUUGGUAACUUCAUUUUCUGAAGCCUGUGAAAGUGUCAAGCAAUAUUCCUGGAGUUUGUUAAAUAAAUUUCUUUGAAA